AUGCUCUACCUCACUGCGGAUCGAUUUCCAGUCUUUGUGCCUUUUGGUGUCAUUGGAUUUUAUAGAUACUUUUGGUAUCUAAUACGAAUGGCAGCCGCUCUUGUUUAUAGACCAAUUCCUCCUCCGAUCAAUCCGACAUACAUUGCAAACGAAGAUGUAACGAUCAUCGUUCCAACGAUUGAUGCAGGUGAAGAAUUCAAAGAAGCUGCGUUCAGUUGGCUACAGGGUAAUCCAGCACAGAUUAUCAUCGUUACAGAAGAAAAGAUGUUGGAACCUUUGCAGGAAUUGGCAAAUAGCGUUGACCCAAACAAAAUCAGAGUUUUAACUGUGCCAAGAGCGAAUAAGCGAUUACAGAUGGUACAUGGUAUCAAGCAUGUGGAAACGGAUAUCAUCGUCUUUGCUGAUGAUGAUGCAAUUUGGCCGCCGACAAUGUUGCCUUGGGUAUUAGCAUGCUUUGAAGAUCAAUCUGUUGGAGGAGUAGGAACGAGUCAACGUGUUAAGCCGCAAGGGUACAAGAUGACUGUUUGGGAAACGUUGGCGGCAUUCAGACUAUCAAUCAGAAAUUUUGAAAUUGCUGCUUCUACACAUAUCGAUGGAGGCGUGCCUUGUCUUUCAGGCAGAACGGCGGCCUAUCGAACUGUGAUAUUGAAGGAUCCCGCCUUUCUGCACGAAUUCACACAUGAUUAUUGGCUAGGGAAGUACUUGCUCAAUUCAGGUGAUGAUAAAUUCCUUACCCGAUGGCUAGUAUACAAUGGCUGGAAGACGUACAUCCAAGUAUGUCCACAAGCAGAACUUCUAAGUACGAUGAAGCCGGAUUGGCGAUUCUUGAAGCAAGUUUUACGAUGGACGCGAAACACAUGGAGAAGUGAUAUGCGUUCGAUUUUCAAGGAGAGAAAGGUAUGGACAGCUCAUCCUUAUGUUGCUUAUAGCAUGUGUGACAAAUUCAUCAACCCUCUCACAUUGCUCGUUGGACCUUGUUUGGUGAUUUACCUAUGUACAAAAUCCGGCAAAGCGGCAAAAGAAGGAGGAUAUCAUUUGCCUGUCUGGAACAUUUGGGUGUCUUACUUUGUUUGGAUUAUGGCAACCCGGUCCGCUAAGCUGUUGCCACACUUAUGGUUCAGACCGCAAGAUAUCAUCUACGUACCGGCCUAUAUCGCAUUCGGAUAUUACUUUGCAGUGAUGAAGCUCUAUGCUUUGUGCACUUUGCAUGAGACUGGAUGGGGUACAAGAAAAGGUGUUGGAUUACCAGAAGAAGCAAAUGCAUCGAAAGAGGCCGAUAAGAUGGCAAAUUUGUUGGGCUUGCAUGGCUCAGACAUCAUUGCGUCACCUCCAAACAGUCAAAGAUCUUUCACUCUGGAUCGAAACGCUUCCCCUUCACCACCUGAUUAUUCACAACCUAAUACGCCUAACCUAUCAUCAUCGUCACACAUGCAAAAUGCACAACAGAUACAGCAAAAGCGAAGAUCGAGUGGUAUACCUGCACGACCGCAACCACGAAGGCAAGAUGCAGUAGAGCUAAUGACGAUGGGACAAGAUUCACAAGAUCAUACGAAAAAGUCUAGCUUUUCGUUGAUGAGAUGAAGAAAGAUGUGGUAUUUGUGUGAGAAACACGUUAUUGCCUCCGUCACAACAACAACAACAACAAGACGAAGUUGGCAUCGUGUCUUUGAUAUUUUAUUUUGCUUUCUUCUUUGAAGAACACUGCAGUCCGAUCUGCCCUUUUCGCUUGCGCUUCUUCAUUCAUGUACAAGUAUGUUUAUACAGUAAUUUGUAUUAUUUUUUCAAUGGG